UGCGGUGCGGUAGUGGUGGUGGUGGUGGUGAUGAUGGAGGCCUCGAUUUCGAGGCUGCUUUUCCUGUUACUACCUUGGCGGCGGCGCUAGCGUGGCAACACAUCUUCAUGCCGUUUUUUUCGUAAUUUUUUUCCCAUUGUGUAUUAAUUCCUCGUCAGCAACUCCAUGUUCUUUUUACCGUGUCGUUAUUAUCACAGCAGCCGUGGCUCGUGUGCUUCGCCGUGCCUCGUGCUCCGGAACCUUGUGUGAUUGGUGACGUGAACCACAGCCUGGAUGCGGUGCCGUAGAGUUACGCUGCAAGGAUCGGGUCGUCGUCGUCCUCCUCCUCGUCCUCGUCGGAGCUGUGAGUAGUCACUGGGUUCGUGAAUUGUGAUUUGGUGGAGCUGUCGCAGUUUUGUGAGGUGGAGGCCUCGAAGACUGUUGAGGGAGUUGGCCCUGCGCAUGGUUGAAGUGCGGCAGCUUGGCCCGGGACCAGUUGAGUCAAGCGCCGGAAGACGUAUUGCGCUUUCUUGAUCUUCAAGAAUGGUUUUUAGAUUGCUUGGUAGCAGUCUCGGAGGAGGAGCGUGGUAUGUGGAUGCCUUGUGUUAUUUUGCACUGUUCAAUUGCAGCUCGGAGAUAUAGUCGCGGUUGCGCAGGCCGUUCCAGCGAUUUUGUUAUCACUACUGAAGUGUUUUCAGAGAAAGAAAUGGUUUUGUGUUGGGAUGUGAGGGGAAAUCGACACUGAUAGAACUCGGUGUAAGCACAACGAACGAAGCGGAAUGGACGUAAUAGGCAUGUGUUGAGAAUUUCGGAAGCAGUAGGAGGGCUCCUUACAACGUAUUGCAGAUGUACGUUGGUCUUCUGAUGAGCUCAUGUUUGAGAUGGAACUAAAAUGGUUUCGAGCUUGGAGCUGAAUUCUGACAGUAUCACACAGAUGUCAGCGCUCCACCGAAAUUUAUCGCAGGAGCAUUAAGUUGCAAGUGCUAUUGACGUUCAAAGCACCGUCGUCUUCUGCAGCUCGGCGUGCCGAACCGUUGCAUGCCCGAGGUUAACUAUGUUAGGGCGCAAAUUACUCAUCCAGGAAGUUGAAAUUUCAUGAAGGUCCUCAAGUGACAAAACCAUCGCUGAGAUAUCUUACAAAUCUCAUCGAUUAUUGAAAAUCUGCAAAGAAGUAUCUACCAUAUUAACAGCUGUGACAGAGAGGUGGUAGGCUGCUGUGGGAUCAUGGCUGAAUGGUUGAUUAACCUCGUUAAGCAGGCAAUGGGCUUGGUGGAGAAAAACCACUUGCAUAAGGCUUCCACUCACAGCGCGUUCAGUGAUGCAUUCAGCAGCGGUCUUUUGCCUGCUCUCGGAUCUAAUCAAAGCAUCAAAAACUUGAUUCUGAAGAAAUAUGUGAUUCAUCCUUACAGUCGCCAAUACAGGUAUUGGCAGCAUUUCCUGGUGGUGUUGGUGUUCUACUCAGCAUGGGUGUCACCGUUCGAGUUCGGGUUUAUACAAAACCCACGUGGGGUCCUUUUGGGUGUCGACAGUGUCGUCAACGCUCUCUUCUUUAUUGAUAUCGUGAUGACUUUCUUCGUCGCAUAUCUUGAUCCUAAAACGUUCUUGAUGGAAGACAACUUGAAGAAGAUUGCUAGUAGGUAUUUGAGAUCAUGGUUUGUUUUAGAUGUUGCUUCAACUGUUCCUUUUGCCGCCAUAAUGGUGAUUUUCACCCACAAGUACGAGACAGGAUUUGUAACCAGUUUUGUUAACCUGUUGCGACUCUGGCGGUUGCGGCGUGUGAGCGACGUCUUUGCUAGGGUGGAGAAGAACGUAAAAUUUAGUUACUUCUGGACUCGGUGUCUCAAACUCUUUUUGGUGACCGUGUUUACUUGUCAUUGUGCGGCCUGCUCAUACUAUUUAUUAGCUGCUCGGCAUCCGAAAUCUAAAGAAUCAGAGACCUGGCUGGGAUCUGCGCUUCCAGGAUUUCGAGAGGAGUCUUUGUGGACGCGGUAUGUUACGAGUAUGUACUGGUCCAUCACCACCCUUACGACUGUGGGGUAUGGGGAUUUGCAUCCAGUCAAUCGUGGUGAAAUGAUUUACGACAUUUUCUACAUGCUACUGAACUUAGCCCUUACAUCUUACAUCAUUGGAAAUAUGACCAAUCUUAUUAUUCAUGUGACAGCGCGAACACGAGAUUAUCGUGACUCUGUGCAAUCAUUGAUGGAGUUUGCUACGAGAAACCACUUGCCUCCGAAGCUUCAAGAGCAAAUGAUCUCCCAUGUGCAGUUGAAGUUCAAGACACAGAGUCUACAACACCAAGGAACUAUAGCUUCCCUUCCAAAGGCCAUUCGGUCAUCUGUUGCGCAGUUUUUGUUCCUUGAUACGGUGGAAAGAGUUUACCUCUUCCAGGGCACUUCCUACAAUUUUCUCUCUCAGCUGGUAUCGGAGAUGAAAGUUGAAUUUUUCCCUCCUCGUGAGGACAUCAUACUGCUCAAUGAGGCCCCUUCCGAGUUUUACAUCGUUGUGAACGGUACUGCUGAUGUUUUAGUUCGAAGAGAAGAUGCCGCAUCAGAGCAAAUUCUAGCAACGGCACAUGCUGCCGAUGUGAUUGGAGAGAUUGGCGUGCUGUGUUACAUGCCCCAACCUUUCACUGUGCGAAGUCGGAAAUUAUCACAGCUCUUGCGGCUUGAUCGCAUUGUUUUCAUGAACAUUGUGCAAUCUUUCAAGGAAGAUGGCCAGAGGAUUGUUGAUAAUCUCUUACAGCGCUUGCGGGAAUCUGAUGACCCUCGAUUUAAGGAGCUUUCGGCAGAGAUUGAGGUACUCCUCGCUGAAGACAACGAGAUAUCCCCAAGCUUGGGUGCGGCGGCUGCAGGAGGAAACUUCGAGUUAAUGCAAGAGCUGCUGUCCAAAGGCGCGGAGGUGGACAAGAUAGCUUAUUGGGGCCGCACUGCUUUGCACAUUGCCUCAGCGAAAGGUUAUGAGGAGUGUGUGAAGAUCUUACUGGAACACGGGGCUGAUCCCAACAAGGCUGAUGCGGAUGGAAAGGUCCCAUUGGUUGAUGCCCUUAUUUCCCGGGACACUGCUACAGCGACGCUGUUAUUGGAGAAGGGCGCAACAUUUAAGAAUGCAGAUAUUGGGAAGUUCUUGGGGCAAGCUGUUCUCGAGGGUAACACGGACCUCAUUGAAGACUACAUAAAAUAUGGUGCUGACAUCAAUAAUGCAACUGAUGCAAAUGGGUUUACCGCGCUUCACGUUGCCGUCAACUAUGGCCGAUUGGAGAUGGUUAAGUUUUUGAUAACCCGAGGGGCAAAUCCUCAUUUGAAGAGCACUGAUGGACAUAUCCUUUCCGCUUGCGAACUAGCAGAGCGCCUUGAACUGCACCCAGAGAUAGUGUCCUAUUUGAAGGCUCAACCUGCUCGUGAUGACUCACAGCAUUCUGGCACAUCCAAGGAAACGUCCAGUGCGUUCGCAAGGCGGAGGCUGUCCAAGAAAGCAGGUUCCGUUAUUGAAUUUCAGGUCGACAAUCCAACUCCUCCUAGUUCCCUAAGUAGAGUAGCUGGGGGCGAAAGGACAAUCCACUCACUCAUGCGAAAACAAUCGGCUCGGGGACGGUUAAUGACCCUGAGGGGACUGUCGAAAAGCCUUCGCCGGCAACAAACCGUGAACCCCUGGGCCUUUUGUCAUGAAAGUAGGAUGUACAAUAAUCAGAUCGUGCCCAGAAACGACGAUACAACGCCGCCACCGCCCGUCCGCGUUGUCCUCCAUGGUCAACAUCCUUUGAACAAUGCAGUAACAGGCGUUGGAAAGGUUGUUGUAUUGCCAAAUUCCAUAGGAGAGUUGCUCAACCUUGCCCGUACGAAAAUUGCAGAGGAGAGAUUUCACCAUCUCCCCAAGAUAUUGUUGAGCAAAGAAGGAGCAGAGAUUGACGAUAUCAGCGUUAUUCGGGAAAAUGACCAUUUAUAUGCUGUUGAAGAGAAUCAAAUCAUUUCUGCUCCUCUCCAAGAGAUCGACAAAGACGACCUCAUUACAAAGUUGCAAGCAGCAGUCAUCGAACUGUCUCAAAACAAGCGCGAUACUCACGUAGGCGACCAACGCUAAGCAAAAUCAUUUUUCUCAGUCUUUGGGUUCUUCACAGAUCACCCAGAAUUCAGAGUUCAGGAGUGCUUCAAAACGAAAGAGUCCAAAGAAGCGCAAGGUAUGAACAUAACCACAGUGAAUUGCGCCUCCAUGAAUGCUCGAUGUACCAUUAACGGCUCAUUGAUUUCAUUUCUAAAACUCUGUCUAUCCUCCACUCUCUCUCAAGUGCCGCUAGAUCCUGCACCAGCUUCUUGUGAAUUUGUAGGACAAACUGAUUCAGCUGAACUGGAAGAGCUGUCGAUGCUUGUAGUUCCAUCACCGGAGUAUGAGGGACCGGGAUGAUUCUGGCAUCGCUGUGCAAGAUGAUCGAUCUGCCAUCUCUGUAUUCAACAUGUGCUUGGUACUGUUGUGCACAGAUAAGUUUUAUAUGUUGUCUGCAGUGAUAUACCAACUGUAUCACAUUGAACCAAUUCACAUAAGAUUUUGGGAUUGUUGAAACACAAUUUUUUUA